CUCGCCUGAGAUGGCCAAUCUUGCCUUGGACGGGCUGUGCAUCCUUCGAUAACUUAUAUAAACUCGUCUCUGCUCCUGAACUUUGAGGCAUGGCUUCAUCGACAAACAGCAACAGCUACCACCACCACCACCACCACUACUACUACUACAAUCUACUAGGCACCUCUAGAAACAAGAACAAUCACCUGCCUAUAUAUAUAUAUAUAUACUGCCUAUACACAUAUACGCAGCACCCGCUUGCCUCGACAAUCUACUGCCUAACUAGUCUCCGAGCUCUAUAUAACAGCCCACCAAGCUCCCUCCUCCCACUUCCACCCUCCCAUCCUCCCGUCUCGAAAGCUCAUCUUCGAACCACCCAACAACCCCCCCUCUCCGCAAUGGCUGCCUUCGCUUCUACUUCUUCCGCAGUCUCUGGCAUGCCCUGCCGGGGCCGGAGCGGCUACAACAAGGACGGCGACAACGAGGACAACAAGCGGAGCUUCGGCCGCAGCGGCUACAACAAGGGCGGCGACGACGACGAGGACAGCCGGCUCGUCAACUUCGGCCGCAGUGGCUACAACAAGGGCGAUGACGACGAGGACAGCCAAUCUGCCAGCUUCGGCCGCAGCGGCUACAACUGAAAGCCCCCCCCCCUCCUCCUCUCUUCCGCCUCUCCCGUGUCCCACGACAAACCACCGCCAUAGCUGGGUAGGCCCACCGUAGGUCACCCGGAUAUCGGGGCCGGCGGCUCAACUCUCACGGGCCCGACACCGCCGGCCCCCGCCCCCCCUGGCCCCGCGGCCAGUGUAUUACGACUGUAUCGAUCCGAACUGGCUUCUCACCUGCAUCUCAUCGGCGUUGGGAACAUCAUCCGGUGGAGCAUCACGACUCCACCGACGGUUUUUUUUUUUCCUUCCUUUCUUCACUUGUAUUACUAGGGC